GCUCAAUGGUUUCUUUGCCUAUUUAAAGGUAUGAUAAUUUUCUUGAGAAACCAUUGAGUUUUUAGUAGUUCAAGUGUGUGUAUUUUUCUUGUGUGUGUAUCAAACAAUACUAUGGCAACUUUGGUACCUGAGGUUGAGAAUAGGGCAUGUAUCAAUGGGUGCAAUAAUGAUUUGACCAAUUUUGAUCACUCUCAAAUAGAUUGCUCCCUUCUCAUGUCAUUGCUUGAUGAUUCGCAAGGCGUAGACGAUAUUGAUCAUGAUAAUGAGAGAUUAUCGAGUGUGAUUAGAUCUCUCGAGGCUGAAAUUGAUGAUCAACACCUGAUAAACGUUGAUCACGAUUCAUUUCAGAAUACUCAUCAAGGGAGUACUACCAACGAUGAAGAUUGGCAGUCGUGGGAAUCUGAUCAAAGUCAAAGUCAAAGUCAAAAUUUAUUCGAAUCGAGCUGUCUUGAUUUGAAUUGGAUGGAUAUAGAGAUGGAUAUUGCUCCUUCUAAUACCAUUAGUGAUGACAUGAUGAACUUUUGGUACAUGGACAAUAGUUAUGGACAAGAUCAUGAUGUGUAUGAAUAUGGUUAUGGUACUUUUCCCUUAGAGGAAAAUGAUCACAAUUCAUCAGCUUUAACAACACAAGCCUAAGUCGAAGCUUCAAUAUGGACUUCGAAAAUUAAAAAAAAGAACACAAGGCUAAAGUUUGUGCCAAAAAUUAUAACUUCUAUUGUAAUUGAUUAGCUAGAGGUAAAUUGUACUUGAAUUAGAUGUAUUAGUGAGGAGGAAAUCAAUAAAAUGACAACACGUAUCAUGCUCCUAAACCUUGGAUGUCAAUAUUAAUAUUGGUGUUUGAUUGGUAUAGAGUUAAAAAAAAUAAAUUACUACAUUCAAAAGGUAAUCUAAAAACCAAGUAAUUUUUCUGAGGGA